CGUAUCCAAGUUCACUUCAUUCUCAGCCGUGUAUCACGCUUCGACUCCCUGCGGCCAGCUUUACUUACCUGGACGUUAAGAGAUAAGGUUGAGCAAGUCUAAACUUGCAUAGCCUUCUGCAUGGCCGCCUGCUCUUUGCCUACUAUUAGAUCGAGCUUGUCCAAUGCACAUCGCAGUGCUCCUUCUGCAGUGGCGAGCACCAGUGGCGCGUCAGCCACUCGUAAUGUGCGGUCCGCGCAGCGCAGCACCACACACUUGCGAUCCCAGGCCGAUGGGGUGAACGUACCAGCGCAAAAUACUAAUGCAGCAGUAACGUCUGCAUCUGUAUCUCAAAGCGGUAGCGACCUGGAUGGCACUGGGCAACCGUUGGGAACUCUGAGUCCCAGCAAUGCUGCUGCGCUAGCCUUCUUUAUGAGUGGCCGCGGCGCCAGGGGACCUCCAAAACAAGGACAGCAGCAGUCGCCACCUAUUAAUGCUCAGGCUGGCUCCAGCGACGUUUCAUCGAGCUCCACCGAUGACACCCCAGGACCAACGGAAACAAACGCGGGCUCUGCCGAAAGGUCGCGGGCAAGUCAGGCGCCCAAGCUGACUCCAUCCACACGCGUCAAGGCAAAGACACCUGUCAGUAAAGGCAAGGAACCGCAGGCCCAGUCUGCCGAUUCAGGCAGCCAGCCCACACGGACAAAGGUUGCCAGCACCGCUAGCAGCAACACCAGCGGCAGGGGCGACGCCAAUCCUAGCCUUACACGCGUGCAGCAAAUCAAGGAGGCACUUUUCAGCUCCAUGCGAGCCCAAGUCGAGACACCGUCGGCCCAAAACAUCAGCCUCGUCUUCUCGCCUCUCACGGCUACACCCGGCACCGCCAAUGCCGGGGCACCGCCGCCGGCGGCGCCAACGACGUCAGGUUCCGAAGUGUUGCGAGUUGAUCCGCGGGCGUCGCAGCAGCUGCAGGCAGCCAUGCAGGCCGAGGAGCUCCGGCAGCGGGCCAGAGCGGGAGCGGCGGCUGCGGUGGGUGAAGGCAUGCGCCUCCGUCGUCGUACGGCAACCGCAGCCACUGCCCCACUGGAUAAGGAGCCUUCAGGCCGUGGCGAUCGUGACGGCCGGCAGCCCCGACUGCUCAAGCCCAAAGCCGUACGAGCGGCGGAGGCGGCUGUACGGCGGCGGGAAGAAGAGGCGGCGGCACGGCAACGGUACGAGGCGCCGGCGGCUGGGAUGCGGCGGGACGAGGAGACGUCGACGUGGCGGCGGGAAGAGGCGCCGGCGGCUGGGUGGAGGCGAGAAGAAGGGCGGCGACUUGAAGAGGCGCCGGCGGCUGGGCGGAGGCGGGAGGAGGCCGUGGAUGUACGGCGACGUGACGAACCCCCGGCGGUGGUACGGCGGCGCGAGCAGUUUGCAGCGCGGGCCUCGGAGGUGGCGACGAUGCAACGGCGGCGGGGGGUGCAGCGCGCGAAUGAAGAGUUUGCUGCGUAUGUGGAGGGCAUGGCAGCGGCUGUUGCUGCGGGUGGUCUGGUGAAAGGGAGACAGCAACGGCAGCAGCAGCCGCGGGAACGUGAUGAGCGUAAGCGCGAGGAGGAGGAGCAGCGAAAGCAGCAGGAGCAGCAGCAGAUGUUGCGACUGCAGCAGCAGCAGCGCGAGAGGGAAGAGGAGGAGCUUUGGAUGCAGCGGCAACGGCAAGAGCAGCAGGAGGAGCAAGCAACUCUGCUCCGGGGUCUUGCCAGCAUGUUCCGGAACUUUGCACGACAGGCGCCGCCUGCCACGGCAGCAGCGGCGGCGGCGGCGGGCUUCUUCACUCCGCUCGCCGCAUCCGCUGCUGGUGCCAAGAGCCGUGACGGCAGCACGAGGGAAAGGAAUACCUCCGCCUCCUCCCCCUCCCCUUUCAGCUUCAUGCGCUUGCCCAAAGCCAGCGACGUCAAACUGAUUUUGCAGCCCUUGAAACGUGAACAUAACGACGCAAACGAUGCCAACCCUGACGGCGGCCGCCCCUCCACCUCCUCCCCUUCGGCUUCUGAAUCCACCGCAGAGGCGGACGCCGAAGCCGCAGCAGCAGGGUCCAAAGCACAGGGUGAACUACGCGCCCGGCCGCUGCCCACGCGUGAUGACCUCCUUCGGCUGCUACGGCCCAUUCGCAAGGCCUCCUUGCCGCCCGUCAUGCGGCGAAAGGGGCUGCGUCUCAUCUCAUCCUCGUCACCGUCAGCAGCUGCCGUACGCCCCCGGAGACAGCGGCUGCUGGCCUUAUCGCUGGCCUCGGCACAGGCAAGCGGCAUUCUGGGCCCUGACGGGCAGCCGCUGCAGACCUGGCCGGAGGCGACGGAGAUGCGCGCGCUGCGGCGCCGUGCGUACUACUUUCGUGUGCUGCUGGCGCGCCGCAAGGCAGCUGAGGCGGCAGCAGCGGAGGAAACGGAGGAAACGGAGGCGGCUGGUGGAGCAGCAGCUGGUGCUUUGGAUGCUGCUUCUGGGCAGCAGCAGGAGCAGCAGCAGGAGGGGAAGGUUGCAGCAGUGGUGGGCGAGGAGAAGGAGAAGCUGCAUCAGACGCAGCAGACGCAGCAGCAGCAGCAGCAAAUCCGUGUGCUCCGGCCCCGUUACUCGCUGUCCGACAGGUCCUUCCGGAUACGGCGCAAGCUGCAGUACUCUGACCGCAUGAAGCGGGUGGUGCGGAAGGCCGGGUUUGCGAGCGGGGCUAUCGUGCCAGGUACGGCUGCUGCUGUGGGUGCGGCUGCUGCUGGCGCUGCUGCUGCUGGCAAGCGAGGAGCGACGGAGGAGGCCCUGGCUGCGAAGGAAGAGGAGGAGGAAGACGACCUGCAAGCUGUUGUUGUCAGCGAGGAGGAAGGCGAUGAGGGGGAGGAGGCGGAUCCGCGCGGGGAAUACAACUCGGCCGCCGAGGUAACCAAUGAUGUGUACGAGCAAGUGAUGGGUGUACGGCUGCCGGAACGCGCCAUGUACGGCAGGCGUGCGGAGGCGCUUUCGGCGCUGACCCCGCAGCAGGUGCAGGAGCAGUGCCGGGCGUGGGUGGAGGCGUGCGGCAGGGAGUACUCGCUGGCCUUCCAUGCGAGGGAGCCCCUGCUGCUAGCCCAGCCGCCCCAGUCGCUGCUGCUCUCCCUGGAACACAUCUCCCGCCUGCUGCCCGACCUGGCGCCCGAGCAGUGCGUGGCAGCAGCGCUGCGCAAACCCGCGCUGAUCGGGCUGCCGUACGAUCAGCUGUACGGCACUGUGGAGGCGGUUUCGGAGGCGCUGGAGGUUGGCAUGCAGGAGGCGGCCAAGAUCGUGAUGAGGUGUCCCAUGCUGGCUGUCCGCGAGACCAGUUUCCCCGUGUCCCAGCGCGUGGCCCUGCUGGGUGCGCUGCUGCCCGUCAGUCGCGAGAAGCUGCGGCAGGUGCUGAGGCAGCGGCCGCUGCUGCUGACCAAGUCACUGCAGAACCUGGCUGGCUUCAUGAUGUCGGCGAGCACCGAGCUCAACCUGCCGCUUUUCGACGUGGCGCUCAUGAUUGCAGGCGCCCCCGGUGUGACGGGUGUGGCGGCGCCCCGCUUGGCGGCCCGCUGGCGCCUGCUGCAGUCCGCCGCGCGCCGCCUCCCGCGCUGGCGGCGGCAGCUGGCCUCGCUGGCUCCCCCCGCGCUGGGGCGCUGCCUGGUGGCGUCGGAAGCGGCGCUGGGACGGCUGGAGGUGGUGGCCAGCCGGCGUCUGGGCCACCUGCCCGAGUUCCACAAGUUCAAACGUGUGCUCACCAUGUCGGCCACACGCUUCGACGCCGCAUUGGCAGCGGGUGCAGCUGCAGCGGCGGCGAAGGCGGUGGCGGUGGCGGCAGCGGAGGGUGCGGCGGCAACAGAGGAAGGAGCAACAGCGGAGGAAGGGGUGACGAGCGAGGAUCGAGAGGAGAAGGCAGGAUCGGGCGGUGUUGGCGGUGGCCUGACAGCAGCGGAGGCGGCAGCACCGGCGGCGGCAAGUGCAGAAGUAGCGGAAGCAGCGGAAGCGAAAGUGGAGGCGCAGGAAGCGACAAUUCCUGCUUUCGUGAACGCGCAGGCGAGUUAAGCGUGAUCGGUCCGUUUGUAUCGUCUCUCGUCUUGUCGAAGAGGUAUGGUACGGGCGGUUAGCAGUUGAUGGUUGCAGCUUUGCAGUUGAUAUCCGUUGGGUGGGUGCUUCUUGCCUGUUGUCGUGCAGUCUUUGGGACACGGAGGUUAUUUGAGCUUUAAGGGAGAGUUAGAGGGACGAAAGGCAUACCGGUCCUGGUUGUUUGCAGGGCCUCUUAAACUGGCGACGCCUAUGCCGGUAUCUACUUGCUGCAUAUCCCACACGAUGCAGUGUUUUUUGUCGUACUGGGCGAAUCUAAAUGUCGAUUGCCACUCUAUUGAGUGAGAAUUUUGAUAUUCCUAGUUGAAACUCAUAUCGACUUGCAAGAGGUGAAACAAGAGGUUUGAAUGUAUACCUCAUGCGGGAAUUUGAGAGCGCUGUGAAUGCGAUAGCGCAACUUAAGCAGUGAGCAGCGUGCUUCGGUUUAUGAGAAAGUAUGAUAUGAAGGUAUUCCAUUCCGCUAUUUAAGGAGAGUCCCUGGAAGUCACCGUCCCCGUCGUAUUGGGUAGGGCCUACCCCAUCGCUGGUGACCCAUGGGUCUCGUGUCUGCGCAGGCUUGUACCUUGCUAUUGUAUCGCCCUACUUUGGGCAUGUAUCGUCUUCCAACGUGCUGAUGAUGUGUUGACAGGUGCAGGGACGCGUUUCAGGGCGAGAAUAUUCUGUAGGUUUCCCCUGGCAUGGGGACGCAAAGGUUGCUUCAGUGAAUGCAGGUACCAUAGCUAGGGACGUGUCGUAGCCGUAGGGAUGUGCUCUUGGGCAUACCACGCUGUGGCACGAUGCACCAGGCGUGGCGGUGUAGCUAACAGCACUUUGGGUCUUGCCCCGAAAUCGUGGUGUACGAACCUUUUCUGAAGCGUAGGUGUGUAUUCAUUAGUAAGAGUGCUGUCACGUCUAUGGGAACCGCUACAUCCCCGCGUAUCAACCGCCGUUGUGCAGGGGGCCGCAUGCAUGUGUAUUAUACCUGUCAAGGUCGGGACCAGGUAGUAGCGGAGCUUGUCCCCUGCCCCCGGCCCGUGAAAGAUGUGCUACGUGUUGGCGAGGUGGGGCGGGGGGAUAGCUGGUGUUUUUUGCAUUGGCAGCCAUUUACCAAGCACUCCCACAUGCCAUCCGGUGUGUGACCGCAGUUCCUGACUCCGAAUAGCGGCUGUCCUGCCCUCGGACGUCUUCUAGCUGCCUCAUGUCGGGUAAGCGUCAGCAUUGCUGUAAAUGGUACACCACGGAAUCGUGCAUGGUGCACAGUUGGCCCCCCCGUCGGUAUCUACACUCCAUCGAGCGGUG